AUGAAAUCUCGUCCAGCUCUUAUCUCCCUCCGUACGGCAAAGUCUUGUCCCUCAGUGCUCAUUGUUCCCUUCAUGUCACCUCCGCCUGAGCCAGAUCCAGCUAAAGACACUUCGAACCAGCCCCCGGUUAAGAAAAGGAAGCGGAGGUCCCAUUUGAAUUGUGCAGAAUGUCGAAGGUUGAAGCUCAAAUGCGACAGGACAGGCAAGUCACGCUAUGUGACGGAAUAUCGAGGAAUGCAGCUCACGGUUGCCCAACUAUAG